AUGGCGAUCGCAGAUGAGCGACCAAAACUCAUAGUGGGUGUUGACUUCGGAACAACAUUCAGCGGCGUUGCCUGGGGAUUGGAAGACUGCCCUGAUGAUAUUGAGCUCAUUCAGACAUGGCCAGGUGGUGGCAACAUCACAAGCCAGAAAGUCCCAACAUUGUGUUCCUACGACGACAGCCGAAUGCAAUGGGGUUAUCAGACUAACCGGUCAAUUCAUCCGGGCAAGGAGCAGCGACUCAUUCAAGGAGUCAAGCUCUUGCUAGAUGAAAGUCAAAAAUUCCGCUACGCACCUGCUGCUGACUCUCAUGAAAUCAUCAAGGACAUGAAAAAAACACCAACGGAGGUUGCUGGUGACUACCUGGGAAAAUUAGUCGGCCACGCUCAUGAUGUCUUGACGCGUCGCUUUGGUACUGCCCUGCAAACUAUGGACUUAGAUUACAUCCUUACUGUCCCCGCUGUUUGGUCUGAUAAAGCUAAAGAUCUUACUAUGCAGGCAGCUCAACAGGCUGGCAUAUCUGCUGCGAAUUUGAGACUGUUGUCUGAACCGGAGGCGGCUGCAGUCUGUGCAAUUCGGACAAUUCAACCGAAUACAAUCGCAGAAGAUGACUGCUUGAUUGUCUGUGAUGCUGGGGGUGGAACAGUCGACAUAAUCACCUAUCGCGUCAAACAAAGCGACCCGUUGACAUUCGAGGAAGCCACAAAGGGAACUGGUGCUGUUUGUGGCUCAGUGAUGUUAGACGAGAGAUUUGACGCACUUAUCAAAAGCAUCAUUGAGAAGCAGUUGCAUAAACCGCUCCCCCAGUCUACUGCCAGGGCUGCACGAAAGUAUUGGCAAGACUACAUCAAGCCUGGGUAUACAGGUCCUCUCGACGACGAUGAGAUGUGUGACGUAGGAUAUUGGGUCCCAGUUCCUGGAGUAUCGGGUAUCUCAAAUAUCGAGCUCAGUGAGGGGCAUUUAUAUCUAGACAGAGAUCAAGUGAAAGGCAUCUUCGAUCCUAUCAUCAAGCAGAUUGAGAAUCUCGUCGCCGAGCAAAGAACGAGCGUCAAGGUAGCAGGUCUUUCGACGAAGGCUAUUAUUCUGGUCGGGGGCCUUGGUGCCUCGGGGUAUCUCUUCAAGCGUCUACAGGCUGCUUUCAACGGCAUUCAAAUCAUGCAGCCCCCAAAUGCGUGGUCUGCUGUUGUUCGGGGCGCGGUCAUCCGUGGACAAGAAGGGAAUCAAGUAGAGACCCGCAUUGCCCGAUGCAGCUAUGGAAUUUCAAUGAAAAUCAAGUUUAACCCCGAAAUACACCGCGCAGAUGAGAAUCUCAUGUGGUGUCCAUAUGAAGAAGUAUGGCAAGUGCAUAAGCGCAUGAGAUGGUAUAUUCUCAAAGGAAACCCCGUUGCCGAGAGUGAGCCGAUAAGAAUGGGCUUCUACCGUGUGGUCGGCCUUGGGCAACCUUUGGUAUUUCAGGACUCAUUGCAGUUUUGCCAGGGGAACAAAGCCCCCGAAACGAUGGAUUCCAGUGUCGUGAACCUGUGUGAAGUGGAGGCAGAUCUGAGCAGAAUCCCAAGGGAGCUUUUUACAAAGAAAACGAACUCCAAAGGUAACGAAUUUUACCACAUCGACUAUGAUUUGGUUCUAACGCCAACUUCCGCAUCGUUGUUGUUCGACCUGCAAUUCAACGGUGUCUCCUACGGGAGCGUGAGAUCUCGCUAUUGA